UUAACUUUAUAUCCCGGGCUGGUGGUAUUUUCUAGAAGAGAAAAACCUCUUUGGUUUUGUUUGGGACAAACUCGACGAGCAAGAAUUGGUUCACAGACGUUCCAAGAUCUCUGUAGCAAACUAAACGACGCGAAUUCCAGACUUGAAAAGAUAAAUCUUUCACUCUCUCUCUCUCUUUCUCUCUCCAUCUAUCGAGCAAGCACGAAGUGGAACUCCUCUCGAGUAUGGAGGAGGUCGAUCGAAUUUUGCUGGUGUUCUUCCUGAUAGUUUUCCCAGUAGCAGUAGCAGCAGUGGCGGGCGAUCCUUGUUCAGCUCUCAAGAACUUUGAGGUAUGCCACGGUCUGGACGAGCGAGUAACCAUCGCUUGGACACUCCACGGGGACGAUGAUCCAUCGAGGAAAAGCGUGCUCGAGGUGGCGGUAACCGGGGCCCUUCCAGCUCGGACUGGCUGGCUGGGCUGGGGGAUAAAUCCCCACUCGUUGGAGAUGUCCGGUACCAGCGCUCUCAUCGCCUUCCAGAGCUCGCAAGGAGCACAGCUCCACAGCUACUCGGUCUCCAGGCAAGUCAAGGACGACGAUAUCUCUCUCAGCCCCCAAGAACAGACCGAAGUUCCAUUCCAGAACCAGUCCGUGACCAUGGAAGGAACCGUCGUCACCAUCUUUGCAACCAUCCCUCUGACCAACAGCAGCAGCACCACGAUGAACCACGUCUGGAACUUUGGCGACCAGGUUCUCGGCGAUUCUCCGCAGUCCCACGACUUCAAAAAGGCCAACUUGGUGUCGCUCAGGAGGAUCGAUAUGUCGAAGAAGGACUCCGUGGCCCAGCCCCUGGUUUCCAAGCUCACUCCGAGGCAGAGGCUCAAGAACACCCAUGCGCUGCUGAGUGGAGCUGCCUGGGGGAUCGCCAUCCCGGUCGGAGUGAUGGCAGCUCGGUAUCUUCGCCCGUUCACGUCACCUAGCGGAGCUUGGUUCUAUCUCCACCUGAUGAUCCAGAUCCCGGCCUACGGAGUCGGGGUGGCUGGCUGGGUUCUCGGACUAAAGCUCGAAUCGGGGUCCGGGAACGUCUACGAAACGCACCGGAACAUCGGAUACGCCAUCUUUGCCGGAGGAACGCUGCAAGUCAUAGCUUUGCUGGUGAGGCCCAAGCCAUACGAAAAGAUCCGCUUCUUGUGGAACAUAUACCACCAAUCGAUCGGCUAUACGACGCUUGUGCUCGGUGUGGUGAACGUUUUCAUCGGCCUCAGCAUCCUCGAGCCGGCAGCGAAAUUUAAGACGGCUUUCAUCGCAGUGGUGAUUUCUCUGGGAGCUGUGAGCCUGGUAAUGGAGGUUGUGACCUGGAUCAUAUACUUUCAACGUAAGUACCUCGUGAGAAGAGCUGCUGCUGAACGGAGAGCGAGAGCGAAGGCAGCUCAAGCGAGCAAUGCGCGAGCAAGGACGAGAAGGUUUUGGAGAUUUUGA